AAAAAGUUUUGAUAUGCAAAACAGAAACAAACUUUUUGUUUGGAAACCUUCCUCUUUAGAGGAGGAGGAGAGUUGGUUUUAUUGUGUGUGGGAGGGUAGCAGAACGAAAUUCGCAGUGGUGGUGUCUCUGUUUAGUUGCAAAGCUGCGCUGGGAGGGAGGGCUUGCUUGAGCUGAUGCUGGACAGGCAGGCAAAGGUUUGUAGCCACUCCUUGAUACGAAAGGAGAGUUCCUUUCCCUUCCCUUCUCUUCUCUUCCUUCCCCUCUCUAAAGCAGACUCCUCCAAGAAGGAUUGGGUCCAAGAUGGCGAAAGCGUACGACUAUCUCUUCAAACUGCUGCUGAUCGGGGACAGCGGAGUGGGGAAGACCUGUCUGAUCAUUCGCUUCGCCGAUGACAACUUCAACAGCACCUACAUCUCCACCAUCGGUAUCGACUUCAAAAUUAAAACGGUAGAUGUCGGCGGGAAGAAAAUCAAGUUGCAGGUCUGGGAUACAGCCGGACAAGAAAGAUUUAAAACUAUCACAACCGCGUAUUACAGAGGAGCAAUGGGGAUAAUAUUGGUUUACGACAUCACCGAUGAGAAGUCUUUUGAGAAUAUACAGAAUUGGAUGAAAAGCAUAAAAGAGAACGCUUCAGCAACCGUAGAGCGAAUGUUACUGGGAAACAAGUGCGACAUGGAAAACAAAAGGAAGGUGCCCAAGGACAAGGCCGAGAAGCUGGCAAAAGAUCAUGGAAUUCGAUUCUUCGAAACAAGCGCCAAGUCUAGUUUGAACGUGGAAGAGGCUUUUCGAUCACUAGCCCACGACAUCUUGACAAAGACGAGCAAGAAAUCGGGCUUUGGGUCACCGAGCUGCAAGACCCCCCUGGACAGCCCGCAGAAGACCUCCAGUGCCUCCAAGUGCUCCUUGGCUUAAGACUCAAACCAUUCAUCGCCCACCGGAGAGCCUCAUAACCUCCUGGGAGACCUAUCACGGAUAACUUAUUGAAAUCGAAUAUUGGACCCGCCUGGGGAUGCAACAGUUAAAAAUGGAUCGUUCAGGAUCCACUCCUGGGCUUAACUUCACAACAAUCCCGCCCCUUUGUUCCCCACCCCCCCCCACC